AUAAUGGUGGCAAACAAGACACUGGUGACUGAGUUUGUUCUCACUGGACUCACAGAUCUUCCAAGGCUGCAGGUUCCCCUGUUCCUGGUGUUCUUGGUGAUCUAUCUCACCACGAUGGUGGGCAACCUUGGACUGAUUUUUCUCAUCUGGAAGGACCCCCAUCUUCACACACCCAUGUACUUAUUUCUGGGCAGUUUAGCCUUUGCAGAUGCUUGUUCUUCAUCCUCUGUGACUCCCAAAAUGCUAAUGAAUUUCUUAUCUAUGAAUCAUAUGAUAUCCCUGUUUGAGUGCAUCUCCCAAUUUUAUAUUUUUGCUUCCAGUGCAAACACAGAAUGUUUCCUCCUGGUGGUGAUGGCCUAUGACCGCUAUGUGGCCAUAUGCAACCCCUUGCUUUAUCCAGUGGCGAUGUCCAAUAUCUUCUGCACUCAAUUAUUAGGUGUCUCUUAUAUUAUCGGGUUUCUUCAUCCCCUGAUGCAUGUGGGUUUGUUACUUAGAUUAACUUUCUGCAAGUCCAAUGUAAUACAUUAUUUCUACUGUGAAAUUUUACAACUAUUUAAGAUUUCCUGUACUGAUCCUAGAGUUAAUAUGCUCCUGGUUUUUAUAUUUUCAGUCUUUAUACAGUCUUUCACUUUUAUGAGUAUCAUUAUCUCUUACUGCUAUGUCUUCUUUGCCAUCUGGAAAAUGAAGUCUGAAAAGGGCAGGAGCAAAGCCUUCUCCACAUGUAGUGCCCACCUGCUCUCUGUUUCCUUGUUCUAUGGCACUCUCUUCUUCAUGUAUGUGCAUCCUGGGUCUGGACCAGCUGAAAAUCAGGAUAAACUAUAUUCUUUAUUUUAUACAAUCAUAAUUCCUCUGCUAAAUCCUUUUAUUUAUAGUCUGAGGAACAAAGAGGUUAUAGGUGCCUUGAGGAGAAUAAUGAAUAAAUAA